AUGUCAAACCAAGGGUCCUCUCAUCAACUCCCUCCCAACUCUCAUCCCUUGCCCUUCCUAGAUACCCACGACCACAAAUACAAUCUUCCCUACUUUUCCAACAACAACAAUAACUCUGAAUCCCAACUUUCACAACAACAAUUCAUCGCAACAUUACAAUGGAAAAGUAAAUCAUCCACAUCCACUCACGACCUCGAUUUAGUAGCCAUCCUUGUCAAUAAACAAGGUGGUAUCCAUGAUGUUUGUUUUUUUAAUAAUUUGAAUGGCGUGAGUGGAAUGAAACAUGGAGGAGAUGAUCGAAAUGGAAAUCAAAAUUUAGAUUCUUCUUCAGCAAGUCAAGCCAAGGAACCACUUAAAGACAACAUCACUCUCGAAACAGCCCUCAAAGAAGCAAAUGAAAAUAUUCAACUUGAUCUCUCAAAAGUUGACCACGAAGUUCGUUGUAUUGUAUUUUUGGCUUGUUGCUAUCCAGGAACAGUGUUAUCUGAACUUUCACAUGUCACUUGUAAUUUAUAUCAAUUCACACAAAGUGACAAUGAAAAAGCACCAUUGAAACGUGUCAUUGUUUCCAAUUUAGAUGUUUCAAAAGAUGCAUCUGGACAAGUGUUUGCAAUUAUUCAACUACGUGGUGGAGAUGCUGAAGCCAUUACCACCGUCAUUCCAGGAAAGGAAAAGGAAAGUAUCAAAGACGAAAUGGAUGAUGAAACUCAAAAUUCAGAUUCUCUUUCUGCAAGUCCUAGUCCAGCAAUUUCACAAGGACAUUUGAAAGAAGCAGAAAAUGUUCAGGAACAUGAAGACACAUCAACGACUCAAGCAAAUUAUUAUUGGCAAAUUGUUUCAAAGCAAGUCGACAUUGCCACUCAUGAAAGAUUUAUGGAUUCAUUCAUGUACGCCAUGUGUAAACGAGUGCUUCCGGAAAAUAUUUUCAUUUCCAUGAAAAAUCGAUUGACGUAUAUUAUUCAUUUGAGACAAGAAGAGAAGAAGAAUCAAAUUCUUGAUUCCAUGGUGUUCAGCUCCAUUCUUAAAGACGAAGAUCAUGAUGAAGAUGAAGAAUAUAUCGUUCGUGUGUAUUCAGAAUUGACAGGAUCUAUUUUAAUCGAUCAAUUGAUUGUCGAAGAAGCUCAAAAUUAUUUGAAAACUGUUUUGGAAACGAGUGCUGAAAAGUCACCAUUCAUUCCAAUUUCACGAGAUGAAUUCACAGUUCAAGAAGCAAAUAACAAGCUCGCAAAAUCCAAUGAAGAAGAGGACAAGACACAACUUGAAAAACAAGAACCUCCAACUGUGAAUAUUCAAAAAUCAUACACGUUUAAUGAGGAUAGGAUCAAAAUCUAUAUUGGAUGGCAAUCACUUUCUGGCCGUUCCUAUUCCAGAUAUUAUCUCACAGCCACUGUUUUAUUCUUUGGUAAAUACGGAGCUCGUUUAGGUCACAUUGAUCAAUACACGACCAAAUUGUCACUUGUCAAAUUGGAAAGUGCCAAUCCAAACACGACUACUGCUCCAACGACCGGAACUACUGCAAGCGCGAACGCUCCUUCUUCGAAUACUACCAAUACCACCUCUGGAAUGGGCUCUCCUCGUACUUCUCCUCUUCUCAUUCAAUCCUCUUCAAGUAUGACUCUCAAAUCACCAAGAUCUGGACUUCACAAACCAAAACCUGCUGCCAUUUUCUUGAAAGGAAAUAGAGAUAUGACUGGCAAUGAUAGUGAUUUGUGUGCAGAAGUAGAUUUGUCACGUCUUCCAAAAUCUGUGCAUUCCAUUAUUGUGGUGGUCACUGCAACUUCGAAUGCACAAGAUUCUGGAUUCCAAGAACUGAAAGAUCCCUAUGUGAAAAUUACCACAAGUUCAGCUGGAGAUUUGUAUAGAUAUCAACUUCACACUUCAGAAAGAGCUUAUCAAAGCUUUAUUGCAUGUCGAUUCACAUGUUUGAGAAAUCCCAAUGACUUGUCAAGUGCCAAUUUGACAGCACCUUCAAAGAAUCAAAUUGGAAACAUGUAUGGAGGAAGCUUUAUUGGACUCACUAAAUGGAGAAUUAGUAACAUUGGUGAAUAUUCAUUGGGAGUUCAUCCAUUGAUUGAUCCUCAUUUGAAAUCUCAAAUUCAGAAACAUGUUCCCACGAUUGAGUUACCUCCAUGUUUGGAAUUAGCGACACAAACUGAAAUUGAAGAACAAGAGCGUGAAAAGUUAUUGCAGCAACAGCAACAACAAGAAAACAAAUCCUCAGAAGGAGACAAUAACGAAACGCUUGACAAGGAAGACGUCGUUCUCAGAGUGAGCAAUGCUUCCGAUUUGGAUUUGACAGUCACCGCUGAAGAACCAAAGAAGGAAAAACCAAAAUGUUUCCGAAUUCCAAAACAAGAAGUGAAAACUGUUGGAUUUGAUUUCUCAACUGUGAAAAAUUUAGACUCCAUUCAAGUCUUGGAAUUUUCACAAUAUGGAAAACUUCUCACCGGUGCAAAACCAACCAUGGUCAAUGAAGCCAAUGAUCUUAAAAAGCGCAAAUUAGCCCUCUCCAAAAAGAGUGAUCACAAUAUGAACAUUCCAAUGAGUGAAUCUUUCACAUUGAAACAAGAAGAAGAAGAACACACCGGUACUGAACAUCUUCCAAGACAAGAUCAAAUGUUCCAAAGUUUAACAUCCUUCCACAGAAUGGAUUUAACAUACAGCAAGGAAUCACAUGCUCCCUAUUUCAUGUGUUUCUUAUUGAAAUUUAAGGACAUUAUUACCAAUGAAGAUGAAGAUGCAUUGGAUUAUUCAUUAAUUCCUGAAAAUAGAAUCAAUUGCUUUAGAUUAUGGAAUGUCGAUGAAAAGGUAGACAUGUGUGUUGCAAAAUUAACCAAUGUAUUCAACAUUGAUGGAAGUGAACAAGCAUUACAAGAAUUCAAUUGGCAACAAGAUGCAAAUUUAGCAGUCAUUGCGUAUCGUAGUGGACAGAAAGAUGAAUGGUUCAUUGAAGUGUUAGAUGAAAUUGUUACCUUUAAAUCUCCAGCUCGAAGAUAUUUACGUUCCAUGUUACAGAAAUGUCAAUUUGACAUUAGUGAACCUUCAUGUGAUGUUUUCACAGUUCCAACUCCCAACAAGGACUCUGUCACUAAGGAAUUCCACAAAGAUUGUAGAGAUUUAGUUCUUGGUUUUGGAAUUGUUGGAAAUGGUGGACAACAACAUUUGCUCAAUGCUGAAGUUGAAAUUUAUGAUCAUUUUGGUCGUUAUUUGGGAAAAGUCUAUGAAGGUUAUAGUGACAUGGAUGCCAAAUUGAAACAUCGUCCGAUUAACUUUUUAACUAUUUACACACAAGAUGAUGAAGAACAAUUUGACAUUCGUAUGAAAGAUUUGAUUGAAAGUUCCACUGUGAAAUAUAUUGUUGCAAAUAUUGAAGUCAAAUCAAGAAGUGUUUUGAAUGACAAGUCACAAAUCUAUUCGCGUGUCGUGGAUAUGCGAUCAGGAAAGGAAUUGGUUCGUGUUCAAGCUUCUGGAUCUCUCUUCCUUGAUAAAUAUACUCCAAAGAAGACACUCGUUGAAAAGAAUCAAGAUGCGAUCGACGAGGUUGAUGAUGAUUCCUAUGAUAGUGGUGACGAAAGUGACAAUGAAGUUGUGGUCACGAUGUGUGUGAUUGAAUUCACCAAAGAAGGAUGGAGAAUUAUGGGAGCAGGUGAAAAGAAUUUGGUCGAUCUCAUUCCAAAGUAUAUUUCACUGAAACCAGAGGCAAUUAAGAUUGAAAUUAUCAAAGGAAGAAAUCUCAUUCCAGUGGAUCAUGGUUCUGCAGAUCCAUAUCUCAGAAUUAAACUCAAUGAAAAGAACUCGAGAAAAGGAGCGAAAAAGCAAAAAGUGAGAUCCAAGUUGUGUAAUAGAACUAUUCAUCCAGAUUGGCAUGAAACUCACACCAUUCAUAUCUUUGAUUAUGAUGACACUUUAAUUGUCAAGUGUAUGGAUUAUGAAAAAACAAGAGAUCAAUACAUGGGUGAAGUCAGACUGAAAGUUGGAUUUUUACUUCGUUUACAUAAUCAAGGACGUGAACGAAAGUUUGUGUUGAGAAAUGAUGAAUAUUGGAAAGCAGUGGAAGGCAAAUUGACGGGAAUGAAGAAGGAGAUGGCUCUAGCUUCACAACCUAUGGGAGAUUUAUUCAUGAGAUUUUCAAUUGGUUCCACAAGUGACAUUGUCACAAAGAAGUAA